AAUACAGAGUGUAUACAUCCGAUAUGGGACAGACAAUUUUCAGAUAAGAGUUCAGUAGCGAUCGGUGUCUAAGUGCCAUGACGCAGUGCAUGUGGUAUUCACUAUAGUUAAGUUUUGGACGCCCAUUUGAGCAUUUGACUGUAAUACAUGUGACAGCUUCCGGAUUUAGGGGAUCCUAUUUUGAGGUUCUCAGUCUAUUUUUCCUCAUAAUUUUUUUUACGUCAACACCGAAUAAAAUGGAGCAAGAGGAUGAUGACAAACUUGGCUGUCGCUGCUGGUUACGCACGGUGUUUGCUUGCAGCGGGGCUAUGAUGGUGUAUUUUUUCAUCGGUGUGACAGAGUCACAAUCAGCUGUGCUUUUACCACAAUUGAAAGAAAAAGGCAGCACUAUUCAUGUCACUCCCGACGAAGAAACAUGGAUAGCAAGUCUUGGAACACUUUUUGGUCCUCUAUCAGCCAUUUUGUGUGGGCCAACGAUCGAUGCGUUGGGCAGGAAAAAAGGACUCCUUUUCUUUUACAUAAAUAUGGGCCUCGGUUUUGGUUUGAUCGCUUGCGCAACGGAGGUUUGGCACAUUUACGCUGGACGAUGCAUUUGCUCCUUUGCUUUCGGCCUGGAAGCAGUAGCGGUGGUGUACAUCGCGGAAACCUGCACGGAGCAACAGCGGAGUAUCUUGCUCUCUUUAAGCUCCGCCAUCCUAACGAUCGGGAUAUCGUUGACCUAUUUCGUGGGGGGCUACCUGCCAUGGCGGGUCGCUUCUGCUAUCUUCUCCUUGGGCUGCUUCUUCUACUUCGUCGUCCAGGCCCUGGCCCCGGAGUCACCGGCGUGGCUCUUCAAGCGUGGCCGCCCCGAGACCGCCUCCGCUAGUCUCCACCGGCUCGGUCGCACCUCCGCCGCCGUCCAGAAGGAACUCAAGCUCCUUGAACUUUCGCGCGACGAGCAGGAGAGCUUCCGACUCAAAAGUCUUCUCGAACCCACCGUCUGGAAGCCCUUCGUCAUAAUGUUUGUCUUCCUACUCCUUCAG